AUGGAGGGAGGCGAGGAUCUCCACCACCAUCACCACCACCACCACCAUCAGAACAGCAAAAAGCCUCCGCCAAAGCGCACCUCAACCAAGGACCAACACACGAAGGUGGACGGGCGCGGGCGGCGCAUUCGAAUGCCGACCCUCUGCGCUACCCGCGUCUUCCAACUCAACCGCGAGUUGGGCCACAAGUCAGACGACAAAACCAUUGAGUGGCUCCUCCAGCAGGUGGAGCCUGCUAUGAUCGCCACCAUUGGCACCGACACCAUCCCCGCCAACUUCACCUCCCUGAACAUCUCUAUACGCAGUUCCGGCUCCUCCAUGUUCGUCCCCUCCCAGCUCCGACCCUCCUACUUCAACCCCAAUUUCUCCCUCCAACAACAUCAACGAAGAACCUUCUUCCCCGACAUAGCCUUUUCCUCUGACAAUACCAAUAACAACACAUCAACACUUCUCAAUUUCCAAUCCAACACCCUCAACACCACCAUGCUGCAACAGCAGGCCAAGCCGAAGCUUAGCGAUGGCGGCGUGCCAUCUUCCUUACAUUUCAGACACCAUUGUCUAAUUUAA